AUGAUGCUUCUGCACUACUCCGACGGUAUGCGCGUGGUUAUCCAUACAGCAAACCUCAUUGAAGACGACUGGAGCUACCGUACUCAGGGAAUUUGGAUAUCGCCGAAACUGAUGGCAACUACGUCGACUGCUGAUAGUGAUACGCAUUUUAGAGCAGACCUUCUCACCUACCUGGAGAGCUACAGGGAUCAGAAGCUAAACCACUGGAUAGACCUCAUCAGAAAGCAUGACUUUCGCAGCAUAAAGUAA